AUGGAAAAGAUGCUUCCUGCUCAAGAGGCUGCCAAAAUUUACCAUACCAACUAUGUGAGAAAUUCUAGAGCCAUCGGUGUUCUGUGGGCAGUUUUCACCAUAUGCUUUUCCAUUAUCAACGUGGUGGUCUUCAUUCAGCCCUACUGGAUCGGCGACAGUGUUAACACUCCACAGGCAGGAUAUUUCGGCCUCUUCUACUACUGUAUCGGUAACCCUAUAACUACAGAACUGGUCUGCAAAGGGAGCAUCCUCGAUUUUAAAUCAAUUCCAUCUGAGGCCUUCAAGACUGCAAUGUUCUUUGUAGGCACUGCAAUGCUGCUUAAUGUGGGUACAAUGGUUUGUUUCAGUCUUUUCUUUUUCUGCAGCACUGGCAGUGUUUACAAGAUAUGUGGAUGGAUGCAAACCGCAUCAGCUGUACUGUUGGUGAUGGGCUGUAUGAUUUACCCGGAUGGAUGGAACUCUGCUGAGGUGAAGCGCAUGUGCGGCGAACGCACGACCAAAUAUAGCCUGGGGAACUGCACCAUACGCUGGGCUUAUAUCCUAGCAAUCAUUUGUAUCCUGGAUGCACUCAUGCUGUCACUCCUUGCCUUCACUCUGGGGAACCGGCAAGAAAGUCUGCUACCUGAUGACUUCCAAGUUGAUAGUGGUGAAGGUAAGAAUCAUAGCUCACAUACACAGUAAAUGCACACCACAUUUGGCACUUCACUUUGAGCAUGGUGUGACAUUGCCAAAUUUACACUUGACUCCAAUGUUCAGAAUCUGUUGUAUGAAUGUAUGAAGUAAGACUAAAUAUAAGGUUUCAGAUUUCAAGGUUGUCCCUAACAAUUUAAUGUGUUACAGGAAAUUAAUGAAUCUAGAAGACUUUGGCAAGUAUUAACAAGAAGAGCAACCACACAUCACUGGGCACAACCCCUAAAGGCAGAUGGAUAGAGAAGUUCAAUUUAGAAUUCAGUCUUUCUACCAAAAACUUUGGGAAACAUUUAUCAAAUUUACUCAGCAUCGGAACUAGUUAAAAUCUCCAUUACUACCUUGUUUUAUUCUUACUUGACAUCUAGCAUGUAGGCUAAAAUGUGGAAAUUCCUAUACAAUCUAAUCUUAAUUUUAUACAACAUUCAUCUAAAUUCUAGGAAUCCUAAGAUAACUGUUGAAUGCAGCACAUCAAAUAAUAUAAGCAGUGAAAUUGCACCCAUCUUCCAAACGCUUUAUUAAAACAUUUCUGGCCAGCUAAAUAAUCUUAGUUAAUAUACAAUAGUAGUAUUUAUUUAAAAACUGUACAUGGCUGUAAUAUACAGAUCAAGGCAAAGUCUUUGGUACACAUAUAUAUACACACAAACAAACAUUAUCUUUUUCACAUUUUGCCCCUUUUGGUGGUGUUUAAGUUAUUUUCAUUGUGUGGAAGCUUCUUGAACAUAAUUUCCUACUGAACAAGACAACAAAUAACCUCUCAAGUGUAAUCUUGUGACAGACCAAAAAUGCCUUACCACAUAGAAGGAAAAAAACAGAAAAACAGAAAAUGACUGAUGCUUGUAACUGAGACAAAAUUACACAGUGAUGUGGUAUUUCCUGAAAUAAACUAUAAACCAGUUAAACUCAUUUCCUACAAUCUUAAUGUAAACCCAUUUACACCGCCUUCACACAGUUCCUUUUUACACAGCCUUCUCUCUCAAAAUGUGUAUCUUCCUAAAUCUAGGAAACACAUCUAACAAAAUGAUCCACUGGGUGUGGUCUUGCAUUGACCUAGCAAAAGAACAUGGGCCUUUCAACAUAGCACAGUUUCAAUACUAUAGAUGACGUUCCCUAAAAUUCUUUCAUGCGUUGUACAAAUCAAGAUGGAGAGGACAAAAAAAAGGAGAGGAAGAAUCUCUGCCUCAGGGAAUAUAAUUCAAGACAGUAUUCCACAGGUGAACAGAAUAAGCCACACAAAACAAAUAAGUAGCAUUCU